GGCGCCCCUCGCCGUCAGUGGACGCGGACGCCUCCACGACGAGCACCCAACCCCUUCGCUCUCCGCGACCGCACCAAUGGCGACGCCGACGGCCUCUCCCCACUUGCCCCUCGCCUCGGCCUCGGCCUCCGCCCGCACCUCUUGCUUGCCCAACCGCUUCCUCCGCUCCCCGUGCUCCCCCCCGCUCCGCGGGCCCCGCCUCCGGGCGGGCUCCGUCAAGGAGUGGCGCGAGUUCGAGGACGAGGCGGGCGCCGCGGAGGAGUGGCGGGAGUUCGAGGACGCCGUCCGGAGGAAGGACCUCUCGCGCGCGCUCCGCUUCCUGCAGUCCGUGGAGCCUGCGGCGGCUGCGGCGGGGACCGCGGCAACGCAGGUCGUCGCGGUGCCCGUGCCGCCGGGCCGGGACUGGGAGGUGCUCGACGCCUGCAUCGACGCCGACGACAUGCGGCUCGUCGGCCGGGCCUACCAGUUCCUCGUCGACCGCGGGGUCCUCGCCAACUUCGGCAAGUGCAAGAACAUCGUUCUAGAAGGACCAAGAGAAGUGACACCAACAGUUUUAAAGGAGAUGACAGGAUUGGAAGCUGCAAAACUUGCACCAAAAAAAUGGGGUCUUUCGGGAAGUUCUCCAUACGUUCUUGUUGGAUUUCUUGGAGGUGUAUCUUUUCUACUAACUCAAGGGAUUGAUCUAAGGCCUAAAUUGGGUGCUGUAUUGGCAUUAGCAACAACUGAUGCAAUCUUUCUUGGUGGUACUUGUCUCGCGCAAAUCUCAUCUUUCUGGCCUCCAUUUAAGCGCCGAAUACUUGUACAUGAAGCAGGCCAUCUUCUUACUGCCUAUCUAAUGGGUUGCCCGAUACGAGGAGUCAUUUUGGAUCCAUUUGUGGCAUUGCGAAUGGGCAUUCAGGGACAGGCAGGGACUCAAUUCUGGGAUGAAAAGAUGGAAAAAGAACUUGCUGAGGGACAUCUAUCAAGUACAGUAUUUGAUAGGUACUCCAUGAUUCUGUUUGCCGGAAUCGCUGCUGAAGCACUUGUUUAUGGGGAGGCAGAAGGCGGAGAGAAUGAUGAGAAUUUGUUCAGGAGUUUAUGUAUUCUACUGAACCCGCCGCUUUCUGUUGCACAGAUGGCAAACCGAGCUCGUUGGUCAGUCAUGCAAUCUUAUAACCUUUUGAAGUGGCACAAGAAAGCUCAUAGAGCAGCGGUCAAAGCACUGGAAGAAGGACAUAGCCUCAGCAUUGUAAUAAGAAGGAUAGAAGAAACCAUCGCCUCUGACAGAUAACUCAACAAACUGAUCAUAUGUUCCUAUUAACCAAGGUUCCUCGACAGCUUACACGAAAUGCAGUCACAGUUUCAUCUUUUGAUGACCUUGGAGGAUAGGUUGGUGCAUGUUGAAACAAAAGCAAGGCGUGCAAUCCUCAAUGUGGGGAAGGGAGGCUAAAGCAUCUGAGGGGCCAACGAGAUCAACUGAUACAUUAGAGAUUUGAAGGAACUCAAAAGUCCAUUUCAGUAUGUGACUAGUAUAUGGCAGAUAUAAUAAAUGUAUAGGAUAUAUUGAUUCUUGAUGGAUAUAUGAAUAUAGGUAGGAUUAGAAAUUGCUGAACAGAGAAGCAGAGAAAAACAGUAGUCAGGAUUGUGCCCUUCCAAUAACAAACCGAGGGUACAUUUGGAAAAGGAGGCCAACAGCAAUCUGGCAUUUGGAUUGUUGCUAAACACUUGUAUGAUUCUGCAAUCUCAAUAAUAAUAAUAAUAAUGUACGUACAGUAUCUGGCUGA